AAAAUACCUGCACUUGUGGAACAUUGCUGAUAAGAUAUCACAAUACAGCGCACCCUCAACUCAGAAUGUCUCCCAUUGUAGUGUUUGCCGUUGCAAAAGCAAGAGCCGAGUCCAAUUUUUCCAAUAAUUUCCUGCAUUGAUUGUACCGAACGCCGAUCCUCGGACUCUGGGUAGGACGGAAAUAGGAAACCUUAUGGUAGCGAAAACGAUGACAACAAUGGCGACCGAAAAGAAUGAUCUUAAUAUGGGGAUGCGCUGUGUGAAAUACAUGAUUUUCGUCAUCAAUUUCAUGUUUUUGCUGACAGCGAUCCUAAUCAUCACCGUCGGAACGGCCAUUGGUACCAUCUUCGGUGACUUCCAGGACUUCAUCGAUUCACACUUUUUCUCGCCCGCACACUUGUUGGUUGCGAUUGGAUGCAUCAUGUUGUGUGUAUCGAUCUUUGGCUGUUUCGGUGCCUUCAAGGAAAGCACUGCCAUGAUCAAUAUUUACGGUGUCCUGUUAGCGAUUGUUUUCAUCUUGGAAGUGGCGGCAGCUAUUUCAGCGUUUGCUCUCCACGGACAAGUCGAAGAAAUGGUCCGCCGAACUAUCAACGAAUCGAUGGCCAACUACAACUCUAACGAAAACGUUAGAGAGUCUGUCGAUUUCAUGCAACGAGUGUUGGAGUGCUGCGGUGUAGAAAACUACAAUGACUGGAACGACUUCCUACCGAGCACAGACGGAAGCAUUGAGGUCCCGCCAUCGUGCUGUAUGCCGUCAACCUUAGAGGAAACGUGCAUUCCAUACGAAUACGGUUGCUAUCCUCGACUUCAAUGGGUCGUAAGCCAAAGUGCUGCUUUGAUCGCCACCGGAGCUACCACCGUGGCUUUCGUACAGAUCUUGGGAAGCAUUUGCGCCUUCAUGCUGGCCCGUACCAUUCGACGAACGAAGUCAUUGCGGGCGGCGCGUCGUUGGCAGCUCCAGCAAAGUCUGGGCAUCAUGACCAAGCCUCAUAAUCCAUCGUACACCCAGAUGGAGAAAUCGACGACUAAUCCGGAUUCGGAAAUGUAUAUGCCCAACAGUCCGAGUGUUAAUUAAUUUCGCCAUGUGAGAUACUGAUUUCUAUCAGCGCGUAUUGUGAGAUCAAAAGCAGUGAUUUUAAUAGCAAUUGUCUUUAUGUAUUUAUGUUGAUGUAACAGUCAUUUAUGUAAAGUUUAAUGGAAUAAAUAAAAACGAGAAAUCGUGA